UUCUACUCAAACUUGAACACAGGAAGAGGAUGAAGGAGGAGGCUUCUGUUGUUCUCUUAUUGCUUACUUUCUCACUUGUUGUGUGUUGUUGCUAUGCACAGACAAAAGAGUGCACAAACAUUCCAACACAAUCACACUCCUUCCGCUAUGAACUCUUAACUUCCAAGAAUGAAACUUGGAAGAAAGAAGUGAUGUCUCAUUUCCAUUUGACACCAACAGAUGAUUCAGCAUGGGCUGAUUUGCUUCCAAGGAGGUUCCUAUCACAGAGGGACCAACAUGAUUGGGCAUUCAUGUACAGGAAAAUCAAGAACCUUGGUGUGUUUAAGGACUCUCCUGAGGCUGCAGGGUUCCUCAAAGAGGUGCCUUUGCAGGAUGUGAGGCUGCCGUUGGAUUCAAUCCAUGGCAGGGCACAGAACACCAACUUGGAGUAUCUCUUGAUGUUGGAUGUUGACAGGUUGCUUUGGAGUUUCAGGAAGACAGCUGGUCUUGAUACUCCUGGGACACCUUAUGGAGGAUGGGAAGGUUCCAAUGUUGAGCUCAGGGGUCAUUUUGUUGGGCAUUACUUAAGUGCAUCAGCUCUAAUGUGGGCGAGCACACAGAAUGAUAAAUUGAAGGAUAAAAUGUCAGCCGUUGUCGCCGGUCUCUCUGCCUGUCAGCAGAAAAUUGGAACUGGAUAUCUCUCUGCAUUUCCAUCUGAGUUUUUUGACAGAUUUGAAGCUAUUCAGCCUGUGUGGGCUCCCUAUUACACCAUUCACAAGAUAUUGGCCGGCCUGUUGGAUCAACAUACUUUUGCUGGAAAUCCUCAAGCUCUAAAAGUUGUGACAUGGAUGGUUGAUUACUUUUACAACCGAGUGUUGAAUGUAAUAACAAAGAACACUAUAAGUAGGCACUAUGAAUCACUGAAUGAGGAAACUGGGGGAAUGAAUGAUGUCCUUUACAGAUUAUACACGUUAACGGCAGAUCCAAAGCAUUUAAUGUUGGCUCACCUUUUUGACAAGCCAUGUUUUUUAGGGUUGCUUGCUGUACAGGCUAAUGACAUAACUAAUUUUCAUGCUAAUACACAUAUCCCCGUUGUUAUUGGAGCUCAAAUGCGGCAUGAAGUCACUGGUGAUCCACUUUAUAAGGAUAUUGGGACAUUCUUUAUGGACAUUAUUAACUCUUCUCACAGCUAUGCUACUGGAGGAACAUCAGUGUCGGAGUUCUGGCAUAAUCCAAAGAGAAUAGCAGACAACUUAAAAACAACAGAAACUGAAGAAUCAUGCACAACUUACAACAUGUUGAAGGUUUCUCGCCACCUGUUUAGAUGGACCAAGGAGGUUUCUUAUGCAGAUUAUUAUGAACGCGCCUUGACGAAUGGUGUACUUAGCAUUCAAAGGGGAACAGAUCCUGGAGUGAUGAUUUAUAUGCUUCCCCUAGCCAGAGGGGUUUCCAAGGCCAAAACUGGACAUGGCUGGGGAACACAGUUUGAUUCUUUCUGGUGCUGCUAUGGAACAGGAAUUGAGUCAUUCUCAAAGCUUGGAGAUUCUAUCUAUUUUGAAGAGCAGGCGAAUGAACCUACUCUUUAUAUCAUUCAGUAUAUAUCAAGCUCCUUUAAUUGGAAAUCUGGGGAAAUUGAGAUCAAUCAAACCGUAGAUCCAGUUGUUUCAUGGGAUCCUUACCUAAGAGUCACAUUUACAUUUUCUCCUAACGAGAAAACCGGGAGUACGUUGAAAUUUCGCAUACCAUCUUGGACUAGUUUGGAUGGUGCCAAAGCAACAUUGAACGAUGCAACUUUAUCUCUACCAAGUCCUGGAAAUUUUUUGUCAGUAAGCCGACAGUGGAGUGCAGGUGACAAACUGAAGCUUCAGUUGCCUAUUACCAUCAGAACAGAGGCCAUAAAAGAUGACAGGCCUGAAUAUGCAUCUGUUCAAGCAAUUCUUUAUGGACCAUAUCUCCUUGCCGGCCAUACAACCGGUGAUUGGGACAUUAACUCCAGCGGUAAAACAACUUCUGGAGAUUGGAUUACCCCAGUUUCUGCCAGCUACAAUAGUCAACUAUUCACUUUGUACCAAGGCUUUGCAAACUCAACUUAUGCCUUAACAAACACAAACCAAUCAUCACUUACAAUGGAAUCAUUACCUACAUCUACACCAGACCCUGAUUCUGCCAUUGACAAAACAUUUAGGCUAGUCCCAAAAGAUCCUUCCACAAAGUUCUCUACAUGGAAGGAUCUUAUUGGCAAAUCCGUGACGAUAGAACUAUUUAAUCCCCCUGGCAUGUAUGUGAUUCACCAAGGACCAAACCAACCUCUUAUUAUUGAUCAAUCCAAAAGUGCGGCAUCUUCUUCCUUUAUCGUGGUACAAGGCUUGGAUGGACAAAAGGAAACGGUAUCUUUGAAAUCUGAAAGCGAUGAUGGUUGCUUUGUUACCACUGAUGGAGGAGUGAAGCUUAGUUGCAGUGGCUCUGGAGAUGAUUUUAACCAAGCAGCAAGCUUUGUUAUAGAAGAAGGAAUAAGGAAAUAUAAUCCUAUUAGCUUUGUGGCUAAGGGUGCAAACAGGGAUUUUCUCUUGGAGCCAUUGUUCACAUUCAAAGAUUUGCCUUAUACUGUUUAUUUCAACAUUCAAAGUUGAUGUAAGAGUUGUCCUUAUAUUUUAUUAUUUUCUUCUUCUCUCCCACAUGGUGUAUAGUAAGUGGAAUAAACAUCAUAUGAGUUUGAUCUAUAAUCAAAUAAAAAAAAAAACAAUAUUCAUUUGUAGAGCAA